UAUUGUCUUUACUGAAAAUCCACUGCUUAACAAAAAUACGAAACUAAUGAAGUUGAUUUUAAUGAGGCGGAAGAGAUGGCGACUGCUGGAGUGAUUCCGUGGAAGGAAAACCUGUUGUUACAGUUAAAAUGCCGCAACAAGAAACAGAAACAGCCUUUCGAGGGAUUAAUUCAAUCACAUAACAAGUUAUUUGAAAAUGCUACAUUUCUAAAAUCCAAGAAUGUCCACCUUACGUUAGAGACUGAGAAGCUGAAAGAAGAAAAUCUUGGCUUACAAAUCAAAGUGGAAAGUGGAGGUGGAGGCGGAGGAGGAAAUGCAGGCGAUAAAAAUUCAAACCUUGAACACAAACUUUACAAGCUACAAGAGGAGUUGACAGAACUUCACAGAAAAAGGAGUGAGAAUGCUCAACAAAUUAUAGAUUUGAAUACAUCACUUCAAGAAAAGGAGAAGGAACUUCAGGCCAAAGACAACAGGCUCAGUGAUGCAACAGCCACAGAGUUGGCCAUGAAGAACGCAAUCAAGAACCUAGAACUUACAAUUAUGGAACUAGAGGCAACAAACCAGAUGUUGAAGGAUGAGCAUCAAGCAUUGCAGCUGGCAUUCACUGCUCUAGAAGAGAAGUACCGUAAAGCACAGGAAGAUAAUCGUGAACUGGUGGAGCGCUGGAUGGACCAGAAAUCAAAAGAUGCAGACAAACUUAACGCAGAAAAUGACUAUGUCAUGAGGCGGCGACAAGCCAAGCUGCAAAAAGAUUUAGAAGAUGCUGCCAGAGAAAACAUCGCUAUAGAUAGCAGAGGGACGGUGGCAACCUUGAUGGGAACUACUGCAAUAUGUCUUCAUGCUUCCUUACCAGAAAAAGCUCAAUAUAAGUUUGAUGCCCACGACAGUGAAGUAAAUGCCAUCCGAUGGAGUCCGUCAGGGGCUAUUUUUGCUACAGGCGGCACAGACAGGAAAAUCAAACUAUGGGAAGUGAUGGGAGGUAAAUGUGAAAGUAAAGGGUUUCUCAUGGGCAGUAACCAAGGUAUCACUUCAUUGGACUUUGACCUUGAGGAGUCCUUGAUACUCGGAGCCUCCAAUGAUUUUGCCAGUCGAGUGUGGUCACUGAGUGAUCAACGCCUUCGACAUACGUUGACAGGCCACAGUGGCAAGGUACUGGCAGCCAAGUUUUUAGGAGAUUCCAGUAAGGUCGUCUCGGGGAGUCAUGACCGGACUUUGAAAAUCUGGGACCUUCAUAGUAGAGCUUGUAUCAAGACAAUUUUUGCUGGGUCAAGUUGCAAUGAUUUAGUUACACUUCAUGGAACAAACGUGGUGAGCGGCCACUUUGACAAACGAGUGCGAUUCUGGGAUAGCCGGUCAGACAGUAGUACAAACGAAAUUCUCCUUCAAGGCAGACUCACAUCACUAGACCUUUCUCCAGACCGAAGUUCUUUGCUGUGCAGUACCCGGGAUGACACUCUGAAAGUGAUUGAUCUCCGAAUGAACCAAGUAUCCAAAACAUUAUAUGCAGAAGAUUUCAAGGUCGGCUGUGACUGGUCUAGAGCUGUGUUCAGUCCUGAUGGUAGCUAUGCCCUCGCUGGAUCUAAUGAUGGUGCCCUCUUUAUCUGGAACCUUGCAAAAAGCAAAGUGGAGAAAGUCCUCAAAGAACACACCCAUGCUGUGAUUGCCUGUUCUUGGCAUCCUGUUGGAUCAUACGUACUCAGCGGGGAAAGACAGAAGAAAGUUGUGUUAUGGUCUGAUCUUUAAAUGAUGCAUUCCAGAAGAAAUGGACAAAGGACAAACAAAAUAGGACAUUAGUGUUAUAUUGUGAUUAAUAUAACACAGAACUGACAAUGAUAACAGAAUGUGAAAGAUUUAUACAACAAAUUUAUUAAAAUGAAAUCCGA